AUGGUGUCUUCCCUGGCGCUCCUUCUUCCGCUUGUCAUCUCGGCGGCCGCAGCGCCGCUUGAGACCCGCGCUGCACGCACUUCGCCGCCCACGGGAUGCCUCGCUGUCGGCGGCUCGGCCCAGUACAAGACGGUCCAGUCGGCGGUCAACGCUCUCAGCACGUCUAGCACCACGGCUCAGUGCAUCUUCAUCUAUGCGGGCACCUACAACGAGCAAGUCCUCAUUCCGCAGCUCAAGUCUUCCCUGACCCUCUACGGCCAGACGGCCGACACAAGCAGCUACUCGUCCAACACGGUCACCAUCACCAAUGGCCUCAGUCAGGACGACGGGCUCACAAACGAUGAGACCGCGACCCUCCGGGCGCAUACGACCAACCUGAAGGUGUACAACAUCAACCUUGUCAACACGCGCGGACAGGGCUCGCAGGCGCUGGCCCUCAGCGCCUAUGCGGACAAGCAGGGCUACUACGGCUGCCAGUUCAAGGGUUUCCAGGACACCGUCCUGGCGGAGACGGGCGUGCAGGUGUACGCCAAGAGCUAUAUCGAGGGUGCCACCGACUUCAUCUUCGGGCAGUACGCCCAGGCGUGGUUCGACGGCGUCGACAUCCGCGUGCUGGCCGCCUCGGUCGGCUACAUCACGGCGAACGGGCGCGACUCGUCCACCAAUCCGUCCUACUACGUGAUCAACAAGUCGACCGUCGCGGCCAAGACCGGCGCCACCGUCAAGGACGGCGCCUACUACCUCGGCCGGCCCUGGCGCGACUACGCCCGCGUCGUCUUCCAGGAGACCAGUCUGUCCAGCGUGAUCAACCCGGCCGGCUGGAGCAUCUGGAGCACGAGCAGCCCGCAGACCGACCACGUCACGUUCGCCGAGUACGGCAACUCGGGCGACGGCGCCAAGGGCACGCGCGCCAGCUUCGCCACCAAGUUGUCCGCACCCGUGAGCAUCUCGACGGUGCUGGGCAGCGACUACCAGUCCUGGGUCGACACCUCCUACCUUUCUUGA